AACUCGUGUCCAGGCAAAACACGCUCAGCUCCUUCCAGACAAGUUGAAGCUGUGUGCGGCGCAGAGAGGUGCAGCUGGAAAUUACGCCCAAAACUGGACAUAACGGUGGACAUAACUGGCCACGUACUACCGAGAGACAUUUUAAAAAAGGGGGAAAGAGGAGAAAACUGGCGGGCGAUUUCCGCUGAUGGAGGAUGAGGAGGAGGACUUGCCUCUGCCGUCUCACUGCUGCGGAAGGCCACUCGAGGACAGAGCGACGACGAACAGAGCUACGCUGAGCGAUAACUCCACGCCGAGCUCCGGGGGAGGAGGGAGAAUGCCGCUUCUUCAGACUAUUCCCCGCUGCAGGGCGACGGGCUCUGCAACAGCGCCCCCUUGUGGAACAGCCGGACCACUCCACCGGCCGCUGCACAGCACCGUGGGGUUGGGGUUAGUGUCCAGUCCGACUGGAUCUGCAGAAGAGACCAGAGCUCUUCUUCACAGUCUGAUCUUCUUCCCUGAAGGCGAUCCGGGGUUCGCCCCUCACUUCCCGGCCACGUCCGAGCCGAACCUGCCUGCCGCAAGAGAGGAGGAGCAAGAGCAAGAGGAGGAAGGCGAAGGCAGGCCAGAGGGAAAAGAGGAGGACGCUCAAGAGGGGAUGAGCGUGGAAGUGCAGAUCGGACGCAAACUGCGCGAGAUCGGAGACCAGUUCCAGCAGGAGCACCUAGAGACAUUCAUGCAGUAUCAGAGGGGUCAGUUGCCGGGUUGGUGGCGUUUGGCGACGACGCUCUACAACUUGCUGUUUCCGAGGGAAGCCAUCGGACCGCGCGGAGCUCAGAGAUGAGGGGGCGCUCCCUGUCUGGGUGCUAGCGCCCUCUGGAGGUCCACAGCGAGAUGAACUUAGGGCUCAGCGAUGGAAAGAGUGAAACUGAUGAAGAAAGAGAGAAGAACAAGUGCGAGUCGCCGCUGGACGGGGACUUCCUCCGCCCCUCUUUACUCUGUCUCUCUCUCUCCGUCUCUGUGAAGAAGCCAUCCUUCAAAAAACGGGGCGAAAAAAGUGUUUCCGGUUUCUUUUGCCUUAUUUUGAUUUCAUUUUUUCGUUCCCGCUUGUUACGAAAGAACGGACCUCGUCUGAAAUCUGUGAAUGCCUUACUUGAGCCUGCAGCACCAGACUGGAAUGAUUUGGUAAAUCGGGCAAGGAGCGGAUUGUUAGCCGUUCCGAGCCGCUCAAACACACUGGACUCACUCCUCACACGCGAACUUACACUUUUCCUUUUCUUUUUUUUUCUGUCGGCAUGGUUACAAUUAGCUCUCUUCUGUGCUCGUUUUUGGUUCUGUUUUUCUCCUCCUUCUUCUUCUUGGGUUGCUGGUUCUGUCAUAUCUUUAAGACUUCACUCAGUGCUCUCAGUGCCAUCAGGAGAUUCAGUUUAACGAACUCGUUUUUUUGUAACCGGAGGGAGAAUCCGAAGACGACUUGUAAACGAUCGAUCCGAAUGUCAUCGAUGGAGCUUCGUCGCCUUAACCUGCAGUCUAAUCGACCUGAAGCCUUUAAGAUCCGAUGCUGAUUUUGUCUCUGAGGGAUCAGAGGGACUCUGGCCGAGGAACGUUUUCCUGCUCAGAAGAUUCAGAAAAAGGUCUAUACGGUUUACUGUGGGACGUUUCUCAGUCUAAGCUGCACGAUUUUUACACGCGACAAAAGAUUUUUACAUGGAGAAUCAGACGCUUUUGUAACGAGAUCUUCUUUCUUUAGGACUUUCUGAAGGUUUUGACCUGUGACUCAUUAAAAUUAAAGGUGCUACGGUGUAAAGAACGGCCACAUUCAGCAAGUAUUGCCUCAUAAGAGGAGCAAAACAAAAGAAUGUACCUUCAUAUGAAUUAAGAAGAAAAAAUUGGGGAUGAAGUUAGUGCAUCUUUUUUUAAAAACAGUGACCCAAUUUAAAUAUCCUGCGUCUUUAUCUUCGCGCUGUAUAAAUACUUGGUUAAUGUGGCUUUCAAGCAUGAAUCUAAUCACUGUACGCUGCAAACUGUGAGAAAAAACAGGAACAUCUGCAAAUGCGUAAGAACAUUGCGGUCACUGACGUAUGAAAACCUCCGCUGUUAUUUAUUUGCGUCAUUUCGUCAUUCAACGCUGGCCGUCCUUCGCAUUUCGCUACUGGUCCAACAGAAAUGCUCCAAAAUCUCCUGACAGCACAUUAAAGUUAUGCUUUUCUAUCUCCUACGAAGUCAUUUCCAGAGAUGCAAGGUUUUCUACGUCGGCGAUGUCCCGUACGAUGACAUAGCUGCCAUAGCAGAUGCGUAAACGUCCCUCUCAGACAGUGAGACGUUCCGUCAGGCGGAGGUUUUAGAUGAUAUCUGACCAUAACAAUCAUGUGGUGGGUAGACGUGGAGCUGUAAAAGCAAUACUGUCGCCACUAAAGUGCACGAACCAGCGUCCGCAGCAGAUAAUCUACCGUCCAAUCAGAGCGAGGAAGGCAAUCACUUGUAGGAAAUGACUGUAAAUGACUGCGCUUACAAUUCAGAUACUUUCUCAGACCUAUGAGCUUGUGGUUCUCAUGACGACUCGGUUGAAGAAGUUUGAGGAACUGCACUUCAGUGUAUAUAAACGCCACUGCUUUUAACGCAAACGUCUAUGCUUUUGUUUCGAUUGGAGGCCCCAAACACUCGAUUCACAGACAGAAGUCACGAGGUUUUGCAUUCGCCGUUGAAAUCUGGCGAGAAAGGAGGGAAAAAUGCGCUGGAGAUCCGUACGCUGGCCGUUUUGACCAGCUGAGCAUCCAAAGCAUUUCUUCUCCUCGGAAAAUGCAAAAAAAAAUACGUACCAUCGCUCUUCCCGGCACCUCAUGGUGGGCUUUUCCUUUAUUGUGACAGUGCAAGAGGCCAUUCGCGACUUUACCAGAGUGAUUUUUUAAAAUUUUAUGAAUUCUUUCAGGGCGUGGCUAAGAUUUCGUCGGUGUCCAAUGAGAAGGCCAGGACUUUGUCAGAUGACUGGCUCGUGAUUUGGGCCUGAUUUUUAUUUAUGUGUGGUAAAGAAGGAUGGGCGUGCAGGAAAGGGACUGUAAUAGAUGAAUACUAUUUAUUUAUUUUAGAUAAAUACAAAUAUAUUAUAUAUAUAUACAUAUAUAUAUAUAAACCUUUGUACAAAUUAAAGACAUAUGAACGGAUUUAGACGAAUUCUCAUAAAAGUGGUCAUAAAUGUGGAUGAAAUCUAAGAUUCAGCUGCAUUCCAUCUCCAGGGGGCCAAAUGCUUUGUUCAAGGGACUGUUUCUCACAAUUACAACUGGACGCUAUUCCUUUUUGCCAUUCCCAGCUGACGACGACACUUUCUUUGCGCUUUCAUGAUAGAUAAUUGACAUCCCAGCUAACCCAGUACCACUCGGAGUUGGUUCUCGGCACCCGAGUCGAGUCAGCAGCCUUCAUGAGCUGAAUGGGGUUGGGUUUUGGGGUGGCCGACGACAUCUGAAAAAAUGAAUGACCACGUUUUCUUGAUAAAAUAAGUUAGUAUUAUGGAUGGCAUUGCCACUCAUGUAAUUCCGUGUGUAGUUCAGUCAGAUGCUAACGGGCUGUAAAGGAUGUUAGCGUAUUUGGUAACUACAUGAAAUGCAUACGUAGGACGUUGCUACAAAAUUUGCUUCACAGCAUUAGAGCUGGGAGGGAGGGGUGCCAUACGUUUUUGUCUAUUGGGGCAAAAGCAGUGUUAGUGAUGGGCUGAGGGCCAACAAGCCAAAACAAUAUAGGACUUAAGAGGGCAGGUUCCAAAUCAAUGCAUUUGAUAGCAUAUUACACUAUAUUAUACACACUAUAUUGUAUACAUCACUGCUGACGGAACAAAACCUCGUAUCUCCAUUUUUGGCGUUUUUCAGUUUUUGCCAUAAUCUGAAAGGACCUGUUGCUCUUUACAUUGUGUGU